GGAGAAAAAAAAAAGUCGGCUGCAGAGGGCGAAAGUGGAUCUCGGAACCUUGAUGUUGGGGAUCUUUUUUCGAGAGGGACCGGAAAAGAGGUGGGAUCGUUUGUCGCAAUGUGGGGCGGCGGUAAGCUGGGCUCCUCGGGGGGUUGGUUUUUAAGAGUGCUGGGGCCUGGAGGCCGUAAUACAAAAGCUGUACGUCCUCUAAUUUCCUCGGUUUAUGUGAAGAACCAGCUCAGUUGGAUACUACAGAUUAAACCAGGGGUUUUCAAUGAAUACAGAACCAUGUGGUUCAAAUCCUACAGGAUGACCUUUUCCUGUCUGAACAGAAUAAAGAGUUUCAGGUACCGUUGGGCGAGACUGUACAGUACUUCCCAAACCACUGUCGACAGCGGUGAGGUAAAAACCUUCUUGGCCCUGGCUCACAAAUGGUGGGAUGAGCAAGGAAUAUAUGCACCUCUUCAUUCCAUGAAUGACCUGAGGGUGCCAUUUAUUAGAGACAAUCUUCUGAAAACAAUUCCUAAUCACCAGCCAGGAAAACCUUUGUUUGGGAUGAAGAUUCUUGACGUUGGCUGUGGUGGUGGGCUGUUAACUGAACCUCUAGGGCGGCUUGGGGCUUCAGUUAUUGGAAUCGAUCCUGUGGAUGAGAACAUUAAAACAGCACAGUGCCAUAAAUCAUUUGAUCCCGUCCUGGAUAAGAGAAUAGAGUACAGAGUGUGUUCCCUGGAAGAGAUUGUGGAAGAGACUGCAGAAACAUUUGAUGCUGUGGUAGCUUCUGAAGUUGUAGAACAUGUGAUUGAUCUAGAAACAUUUUUACAGUGCUGCUGUCAAGUGUUAAAACCCAGUGGUUCUUUAUUCAUUACUACAAUCAACAAAACACAGCUUUCCUAUGCCUUGGGAAUUGUUUUUUCAGAGCAAAUUGCAGCUAUUGUACCAAAAGGUACUCAUACAUGGGAGAAGUUUGUUUCACCUGAAACACUAGAGAGCAUUCUGGAAUCAAAUGGUCUGUUAGUUCAAACAGUGGUAGGAAUGCUCUAUAACCCCUUCUCAGGUUACUGGCAUUGGAGUGAAAAUACCAGCCUUAACUAUGCAGCUCAUGCUGUGAAAUCUGGGGUCCAGGAACACCCAAUGUCUGCUGAGUUUGCUUUCAAGGGAGAAGCAGAAGAGCUCCAAGCUAAUGCCUGCACCAAUCCAGCUGUGCAUGAAGAGCUGAAGAAAUGAAUUGUUUCUGAGGACUAUCGUAAUGUGGCUUAGAUAUCUGAUGUUUUCAAAUAUAAGAAAUAUAUAAUUUAUCCUUUGAGAGAGAAUCAUGAGGAAAAGAAGGUCAAUAAAAAGGGCUAAAACCUUGA